GGAGGGGAAGAAGAGCGUCCCAAAGCUGGGUCAGAGGUCAAUGAGUUCCGCCAAGAGUGGGAAGUUUAUGAACCUCACUGGCCAGACCUGAAAACCUGAAAAGAGGUCAGGCAAUGAGAACUGAAGAAGAACAAGAAGCAGUGAAUGAUGGCGUGAGCACCUGUGCUCAAGAUGAAAGACCCCAAACAGAUAACUAAAGAUGUGGAGAAAGUGGAUGAAAUGGAACUCGGACCUGUUCAGCAACCCCAGGUUAAUGAGAAAGUAUUGAAGGCUAAGUGGAAGAAACUGCGAGGCACAUUUGAGAGCAUCCUGCAGCUGUAUGAGAAUGAAAAUAUUGAUUUUUAUAAAGAUCUACAGAAAUCUGAGAGAGAAGAUAAACAGAAAUGACCCGAACUUUGCCAGUUCUGUGACGAGUACUCAGCAUGUGGAGGUAGAGAGUAUUCUGCUACCAGAUAUACCUCAAACAUUAUGAUUCAGAAUAUACUCCUUCUGGGAGCUUGGCCACCAUCCAUAUUGAAGAAAACAUCAGCUCAUGGACCACCCUCCAAACCCAUUACACUCAUGCUCCUUCCUUUGUACGGCUGCCAUCUGGAUUGAAGCCACCCAGUCCUCCACCAGGUGCUCUACCACUCAGGUGUUAACAUUUUAUGCCCAAAGAAUAGGGCUUCCUCCAGGUUUACCUCUGAUGGGAAAGGAUGACGAUAAUAUCUAUGAUCCUGAAACUGCUUUUCUGGAAAUGCAGGAGGAUGAUGAGGAGGAAGACACUGGGGAUGAUGAUUACAAUGAUGGCAUGGAACAGGAUCACGAUGGAGAUCGAGAGGAUCAGGAUGAAAACAGUGAUGAUUCAAAAGAUAAAGAGAGUGAUGACAAUGAUGAUUCAUAGCAUUGAGAUGAAGAUGAUGAAAGACUGGACAAUCAUAAGCCAAGUUGUACUGUGUGGUUUGCAGAUGUGCAGGACAAACACAAGAAAGGAAAGAAAAAAAAGAUGAAGGAGUUGAUUCUUCUGCAGGCCACUUUGCUUUAAAUGACAGGGCAAGAUUUCCUGGAAGAGGAGGAGAAGCCCAGUACUGAGGUGGCCACUGAAGAAAUGUUGGAUAUAGCAGAACAGAAUCAUUAAAAAACAGACUAAGAUUUGC